AAAAUCAAAAUCAAUGACUAGAUUGGUGUUCUGAAUUCCUUGACAGAAGAAGCUCCGUUUCUCCUCCCUCGCCAACACAAGAGACUCUCGAAACCUCAUAAACCCUCUGGAAACUGAGUUGGGAACGAGUUGUAAACAAAUGGCGGCUCAGUUCCCUGAUGAUUUUAUGUGUCCGAUUUCUUUAGAAAUCAUGUCAGACCCGGUUAUCUUAUCAUCGGGUCAUACAUUUGACCGCAUUUCAAUCCAACGGUGGCUAGAGUCCGGUCACCGUACAUGUCCAAUUACGCAGCUACCUCUUCCCGACCAACCUUCGCUUAUCCCUAACCACGCUCUCAGAUCUUUAAUUUCCAAUUUUACCCGUAGUCCUCUCCUCAAAGCACAAUCCGACCCCGCCCACCCCAACCUUCAGACUCUAAUUUCCAUUCUUACAUCUAAUUCCUCUCCUCUACACUCCAAACUCGAGUCCCUCUCCCAACUCGUUAACCUCUCGAAACGUGACUCAGCUUCUCGGAGAAAACUUACCGAGUCGGGUGCUGUUUCAGCCGUUUUGAACUGUCUCAAUUUUGAGUCCGAUAAUUUUACUCUUCAAGAGAAAGCGCUCUCUUUUCUACUCGCUUUGUCUCUCGACGAUGACAAUAAAGUCGGCAUCGUUGCUGAAGGGGCGGUUGGUCGGGUCGUGACUGCGUUACGGGUCGGGUCACCCGAUUGCCGAGCCAUGGCAGCGACAAUAAUAACAAGCCUAGCUGUGGUAGAAGUGAACAAAGCGACGAUUGGUGACUACCCAUUGGCUAUAGAAUCGCUAGUUUGGCUUUUACAGAACGGGAAACUAAUCAGAGAGAAAAAAGAAGCGGCCACUGCUUUGUACGCUCUAUCUUCUUUUCCGGGUAACCGAAAACGGGUUGUGAAUUGUGGGGCGGUGGUGAUUCUGAUGCGAAUAGCUGAGUCGGGGCUUGAGAGGGCCGUGGAUGUGUUGAGUAUGUUAGCGAAAUGUACAGAAGGAAGAGAGGAGAUGAUGAGAGUUAAAGGGUGUGUUGCUGUUUUAGUUGGGAUGAUAAAAAAUGGGAGUUUAACAGCGGUCCAGUGUUCGCUUUUUACAUUGAAUUGUUUGUGUCGUUAUAGUGAAGAAAUACGUGUGGAGGCUAGAAGAGAUGGGGUUUUAGAGAUGUGUAUGAGGUUGGUGGAAGAUGAUAAUGAUAAUGAGAAGCUUAGGAGAAAUGCUAAUAAUUUGAUUCAAACUUUAAGUGGAAACCCUUCUAUGCGGUGAAGGCCAAAUGGAGGUGAGUUGGGUUUUCUUUGUUCAAGAAAAAAAAAAAUUCUUUUUUCCAUUUUGUGCUUAAUGGAUUAUAUUUCUUUAGCCGAUAGUUGUCCGUGUAAAGAAAAGGAUUAGAUUUUGGUGGAAUAGUUUUUUCUUUUUAAUUUUUAAUCGUACGUUGUACAUGAAAAUAAAUUUGUGGUUGGCUAGCUCCUCAUCGAUCUUUCCAGUGUAGAAAGUUUUAAAUUGCUUAUCAGACUGUAAUUUGCCACAAGUUUGAAAUUUUACAUGUUGUUAAUGCAUAUGUUUUGUCGAAUCCA